CUCCCAGUCUGCUCCAGGGAGGGGGGAAACUGCAGAGCAAUGGCUGCACUGUGUCAACAUCUCCAAUGUGUGUGACCAGGGCGCCGCUCCUACGUGUCAGUUCAGCCCGGGACGGCAAGCUGCAGAGGGUCUAUUUGGAGAAUGCCAAGCACCGUACUGUGGGCGUCUGAUAUUUGGGGCAAGGUUUACACGCUAUCCACAGAUGGACAGCAGUGGGAACUGUGUAAGGACGGACAGCUGGAGUUCAAGCGGCUUUCUGCCGUUCAAGCAUGCUGCUGGGGAAUAGCCUGCAACCAUCAGACCUACGUCUACGUACAUACCAGCGAUUUACCCAUCCGAUAUCAAGAAGAGACAUAUGAAAAUCAGCGCUGGAAUCCAGUGGACGGGUUUUGUGACAGGCUUCUGCCCAGUGACCGCUGGCAGUGGAGUGACGUCACCGGUCUGAAACACCAACCUCUGGACAGCUUUAAUCUACCCUCAUCACACUGGGAGUGGGAGUCAGAUUGGUAUGUGGAUGAGAACAUAGGAGGAGAACCCACAGAGAAAGGGGGCUGGACUUACGGUAUAGAUUUCCCUGCAACAUACACAAAGGAUAAGAAGUGGAAUUCUUGUGUCCGGCGCAGAAGAUGGAUCCGUUACAGAAGAUACAAGUCUAGAAACAGCUGGGCAAAGAUUCCCUCGCACAUUGAUAAAGAACAAUUGCCAGAUCCUUUCAAUGACAUAUCAGUUGGAGGAUGGGACAUCACAGAUGAACCUGUGGGACGUCUCUCUAUUUGGGCAGUCUCUUUGCAGGGGAAGGUUUGGUACAGAGAGGAUGUCUGCCAUGCCAAUCCUGAAGGAUCAUCCUGGUCAGAAAUAGAAACGCCUAGUGAGGUCAUACAGAUAAGCUGCGGCCCCGACGACCUCUUAUGGGCUGCUUUAUGGGAGGGACAGGCCAUUGUAAGGAAAGGUAUCAGCAGGAAUAACCCUAAAGGUGUUUCCUGGGAGAUUGUGGAAGCCCCCAUACCCGGAGAUAGGAUCAUGCAUGUGUCAGUUGGUGUUCACGUGGUUUGGGCUGUGACUAAGGAACGCAAAGUGUGGUUUCGUAGAGGAGUAAACUCGCACAACCCAUGUGGUACUAGUUGGAUUGAAAUGGUGGGAGAACUGGCAAUGCUCAGCGUUGGACUGAACGAUCAGGUCUGGGGCAUCGGAUAUGAAGACAGAGCAGUAUAUUUCCGGCAAGGUGUUACCCCAAGCGAGCUCAGUGGAAAAAUGUGGAAAGCCAUUUUGGUUCCCAGAGAAAGUGACAGGUCAAACUCUGGAAGUGUCUCAAGCAUCAACAGUGCUGGCUGUUUCUUUGGAGAUGAAGUGAGGGGUCAAACAGAUUCAGUCGUCCACUCAGAUGUAGAUUCAGAAGCCGAACAACCACAAGUACAAGAGUCAUGUUCCAGUAAUUUGGAAGUGAAGGACAUCACUAGCCCAAGUGCAGAUCUUCCUUUGGCCUCCCAAGAAGAAGCCAGUUCCAGUUGUGAUGAAUUGCCUGCAAACUGCAAGAUGACCAGAGCUCCCCAGUGGAGCAGCAUUGAUUUGGUUGAAGCUCGCAUCAAUUUACUCCAACCCACAGAUGACGCUGCCAACCUGUCUGUAUUUGAGACCUUCCCCGAAGGAACUGAAGAUUCUUUUGGAAGAGAUACAUUUCCUUUGUGGACAUGGGUUUCUGGAGGGAGCUGUCUUGUUGACUCUCACAGCUCACUUAAAUGGUUCACACGGCAAACAGGUUUAGCAACCAGUAUGCAGUCAAUGUCAUUGUCUAUCACCCCGGCAAAUACAGCGAUGUGGAGGAAACAGAUAUUUGAGCAGCUGAGUGAACGCACAAAGCGAGAACUGGACAGCUUCAGACACUACGAGCCCGCCGUAGAUCAGUCGGUAUGGGUAAAAACAGGCACUUUACAGUGGUGGAGAGACUGGAAACCUUACAAAUGGAUUGAUGUCCGAGUGGCUCUUGAGCAGGUGACAGCAAAUGAUGGAUCCAAAGACAGCAUCCUCUUCAUUUACUACACCCACUAUGAGGAGAAGAAGUAUUUGCACUUAUUCGUCAAUGAAAUCACUAUUAUAGUGCCAGUUCUUAAUGAUGCUAAACACUCGUUUGCCAUUUACACUCCAGAGAAGACAAAGCAGAGGUGGCCCGUGCGCCUGGCAGCUGCUACCGAGCAGGAGAUGCAUGACUGGCUCAGUAUUUUGAAUAGGUCUUGCUGUGAAAUUAGAAAAGUGCAAGGUCCUCCUUCUCACCAGGCAAUCUGGUCAAUCACCUGUAAAGGGGACAUAUUUGUGAGUGAACCAGCGUCGGACUUGGAGUUCCUGACCAGCACACGAUUGUGUGACCAAAUGUAUUGGCAUCAGAUAGGAGGACACCUGAAGCUGGUGGAGAGCAGCAGCUGUGGUGUUGUGUGGGGCAUCGGUCAUGAUCACACAGCGUGGGUUUAUACUGGAGGCUAUGGCGGAGGGUUCAUGCAAGGGUUGGACAGCAGCACAAAUAACAUCUUUCCCCAGUCCGACACUACGUGCGUGUACAUCUAUGAAAAUCAGAGAUGGAAUCCCAUCACUGGAUACAGCAGCACUGGACUGUUAACUGACAGAUACAUGUGGAGUGAUGUGAGCGGAUUACAGGAGUGCACAAAGACGAAUAUGAAGCCUCCGUCACCUCAUUGGUCCUGGGUCUCUGACUGGUAUGAAGACUUUAAUGUCUCUGGAGGAACCGAUCAAGACGGGUGGCAGUAUGCAGCAGACUUCCCAGCGUCUUAUCAUGGCUACAAGACCAUUAAAGAUUUUGUGAGACGAAGACGCUGGGCAAGAAAAUGCAAAAUCGUGACCAGCGGACCAUGGCUAGAAGUCCCCCCAAUUUUCUUGAGAGAUGUCUCCAUAUUUCCAGGAAGAGUAACCAGGGAUGAUGAAGAAGACAUUGCGCUGUGGGCCAUCAGCAACAAGGGUGACGUUCUCUGCCGCCUCGGCGUCACAGCGCAGACUCCAUCGGGUUCCUCGUGGCUCCAUGUUGGCACAGAUCAGCCAUUCGUUUCAGUGUCAGUAGGAGGAUGCCUGCAGGUGUGGGCUGUAGCGCGUGAUGGAUCUACCUUCUAUCGGGGUUCGGUGUCCUCCAGUCAACCAGCAGGAGACUGCUGGUAUCACAUUCCCUCUCCACCGAAGCAGAAGCUACAACAAGUCUCUGUAGGACAGACGUCUGUGUUUGCCGUUGAUGAAAAUGGUAAUUUAUGGUUUCGACAAGGCAUCACACCAAGUUACCCUCAAGGAUCAACCUGGGAACACGUGUCAAACAACAUCCGCAAGGUGUCUGUAGGACCCCUUGAUCAAAUAUGGGUGAUCGCAGAUAAAGUCCAGGGCAGCCACAGUCUGAGUUGUGGUACUGUCUGUCAUCGAUUAGGGGUUCAGCCAAUGGCCCUAAAAGGACAGUCCUGGGAUUACGGGAUUGGGGGAGGCUGGGAGCACGUGACAGUCAGGGGCAAUGCAGGCUACCACAGCGUCCAUUCUGAAACCAGUUCCACAAAGACCAUGAACGUCGGUGCAGAUGACAAAAAGAAAGACCCAGCGGCGUCUGAUGAGUGUGAACAACCAAGCGGAGGUGCAGCGGGCCUUUAAAAUAUUCCAGGCCAAGCCAUAUUUAGGUCUGGCGGAGACGAUUGGUCAUAUGAUCUAGGCAUUACUAGUUUUAUGUGAAAUUUAUUCUGUGCAUUUUCCUUUUAGGCCAGAGCUACACAGUGACCUUUGUCAGGCAGCUGGAUGUGUCCUGUGUACAUUACAGCACCAGCUGUGGGUUGUGGACGUUAGAAUAAGGGGUUUGCUUUUUUUUUUUUUUCUCCAGAAACGGCGCCACCAUUGUCUAUGGGCUAUGCCUGGAACUGCAACUGCAUGGUGCUGUUUCCG